AGGGCAAAGUUCUUCCUAAUUGCACUAUUUUGCAGCUUUUCCUGGUAUCUGGUCCCUGGAUACAUCUUCACAACACUCACAAGCAUCUCAUGGGUCUGCUGGAUUUUCUCCAAGUCGGUCACUGCCCAACAGAUUGGAUCGGGCAUGAGAGGCCUUGGACUCGGAGCACUAACACUCGACUGGACUGCUGUUGCAUCCUUCUUGUUCAGCCCUCUCAUAUCCCCUUUCUUUUCCAUUGUCAAUGUCUUCCUCGGGUACACCUUGAUCGUCUACAUUGCAAUCCCCAUAUCCUAUUGGGGCCUAGACUUGUACGGUGCUAAAAGAUUUCCCAUCUUCUCCUCACACUUGUUCACUGCACAAGGUCAGAGGUAUAACAUAUCAGCUAUUGUGAACAAGAAGUUUGAGAUAGAUAUGGCUCAGUAUCAGCAGCAAGGACGGCUACAUCUAAGCAUGUUUUUUGCACUCACUUAUGGUUUUGGUUUUGCCACAAUUGCAUCCACUCUUACGCAUGUGGGCCUCUUCUAUGGAAGGGAGAUAUACGAUCGAUUCCGUGCUUCGUACACUGGUAAGGAGGAUAUCCAUACAAGAUUGAUGAGAAAAUACGAGGACAUACCUUCCUGGUGGUUUUACGUGUUGCUUGGAGUGACAGUUGCAGCCUCUUUUGUACUUUGCAUCUUCUUGAACAAUCAGGUUCAGAUGCCAUGGUGGGGACUCAUAUUUGCUUGCAUCAUCGCCUUCAUUUUCACCCUUCCAAUCAGCAUCAUAACUGCUACAACAAAUCAGACACCAGGGCUGAACAUAAUCACAGAGUAUGUCAUGGGUAUUAUAUAUCCAGGAAGACCAAUAGCUAACGUGUGCUUCAAAGUCUAUGGUUAUAUGAGCAUGUCUCAGGCCGUCUCUUUCCUCAGUGAUUUCAAGCUUGGACACUACAUGAAGAUCCCUCCAAGAUCAAUGUUCUUAGUUCAGUUCAUAGGAACAAUCAUUGCGGGUACUGUAAACAUUGCAGUGGCAUGGUGGCUGCUCAACUCUAUUACGAACAUAUGCCAGGAUGAUCUCCUUCCAGCUGACAGUCCGUGGACAUGCCCUGGUGAUCGGGUCUUCUUUGACGCCUCGGUUAUAUGGGGUCUGGUAGGGCCUAAACGGAUUUUUGGAAGCCUUGGAAACUACAGUUCCAUGAAUUGGUUCUUUCUUGGAGGUGCAGUGGGACCAAUUAUCGUUUGGCUCUUCCAUAAGGCAUUUCCCGAGCAGUCGUGGAUUCCUCUGAUUAACCUUCCAGUCCUUUUGGGAGCAACAGCUUACAUGCCAGCAGCAACACCAGUAAAUUACAAUUCAUGGAUCCUAGUUGGAACAAUUUUCAACUUUUUCAUCUUUUGUUACAGAAAGAAGUGGUGGCAAAGGUACAACUAUAUUCUUUCAGCGGCUCUGGACGCAGGGGUGGCUUUCAUGGCUGUGCUGCUAUACUUGUCAGUUGGCAUGGAGAAUAAAAGAAUCACUUGGUGGGGCACAAAUGGUGAACAUUGUGACUUGGCAACUUGCCCAACAGCUAAGGGCAUAGUGGCAGAUGGUUGUCCAGCGAACUGAUGCACUAAUUCUUGUAUAUUAUGCAAAUUCUUAGCUCAAAAUUUCACAGCAUAAAAUUAGCAAGGCACAUGAUGGCCAGAAAAAACACAGCACCACAUGGGAAUUUGUAUGUUUCAUACAGAUUUAUUUAUUUUUAUUUUUCCCAGUUGUGUAAGUUCCAUAUGGAUUUCACUGUUUUAUAGUAGGUUUACUUUUGAAUACGGA